UUAAAUCAUUUUUGUUUUCUUUUGUUGGUAUUUUCCUUUCAGAAUUUUACAUUCCAAGUUCUUAGUUGUACUACAAUCCACAGACUGGCACGAUGGCUACAGGUAAAAAAAUCGAGACUCAUCAGAACGUCAGUGAUGGAGGAAAACUCUUUGCACCCAAUAUCCAAAGUGAUCAUAUCUCUGGACCCGUAACAGUUUCGAUGGACAACAAGACCAUUGUUAACUACUAUGGAGGUGCCAAUGCCAAGAAACUUACCAAAGCUGAUUUGGAUGAUCUCAGAACAACCCUCAAAAGAAAAUACAAAGAUGAGUGGCAGCACUUGAUAGAAUAUAAUGAACAGGGGGGGACCCGUGACCUGCUGUGUCAGCGUUUUGUUAAUAUCCACCUCGUUGAGGUAUCUAAGGAAGAUGAGAAGAGCAAUGAAGAUUCACAAAGGUUUAUUGAACUUUAUCGCAUUUUUGAACCUCUACCUGACCAGCCCUUGGCCUCCAACACCAUAGUAACAAGGGGAAUAGCUGGGAUUGGAAAAUCAGUCCUUGUACAAAAACUCAUGUACGACUGGGCUACAGGUGAUGCAUUGCAGGACUACGAUUUCAUCUUCAUGUUUUCCUUCUAUCAGCUGAGCUUAUUGGCGGAGGAGGGAAUGAAAAUUACUCUACCUGAACUUGUCAAACAAUAUUGCGGUCAAGAGGAAAGCUGCGAUAGCAUUUUGACAAAUGAAUCAAUCCGAUCCAUGUUUAUCUUCGACGGGCUGUCAGACGGUGAACUCAACCUAGACUUUAACAAAUACAUAGUGUGUCGGGAUGUGAACACACCUGUCACAUUCACCACAUUGCUCACCAAUCUCAUCAAAGGGGAACUUGUUCCUUCGGCUACCAUUUGGAUAACCACCCGGCCCGGAGCUCGAAACAAAAUUCCUCGUUUACACAUAACCAGGACAACUGAAAUCAUAGGCUUCCAAGAUCAGGAAAAGGAGAAGUACUUCCGCAUGCGAUGCAAAGAGGGUGACCUGGCAGAAAAAAUGGUGCAGGUUGUGAAGAAGCAGAGGAGCUUGUUCGUCAUGUGCACCGUCCCCGCCUUCUGCUCUACUCUGUUUUCUGUCCUGAAAGCUGUGUUAAACUCAGCAGGAGUGGAUGACGUACCCCAAACGUUAACAGAAGUUUACUCCAAAUUUCUGGUUCAUCUGAUUUUAUACCAGCAGGAAAAAAUGAAAGUUGCAGCAGAUGAUGUCCCGGCUCAGACCCUGCAGAAGAAGCAGGAGUCAAUCAUUGCACUGGGGAAGCUGGCUUUUGAAAAGAGCUCCAAAGAUGUUAACCAGACAUUCAAUGAGGAAGACUUCACACGGAACAAUAUUGACCUCGCGUUCAUUUGUGGCGGCCUUUGCAAAGAGAUUAAAAUGGAUGAAGGGAAACCCACUUAUGCUUUUGUUCAUUUGGCAUUCCAGGAAUACUUUGCAGCCUUGUAUGUUUUCCUUGCUUUUUACAAUCACAAAAAGAAUCCCUUUGGAAAAAGUCAUAAGUUGCUUGAAAAGCUCAGUUAUUCCCAGAUAUGUAAAGAUGCUAUUAAAAAUGAAACUAAAGAUAAGAAAGGAUGCCAGGAAUUUUUCCUUAGGUUCCUUUGUGGACUGGGGACGAAAAAAAAUCACGAAAUAUUAAAAGGUCUUUUGGCGGAUGACAAGCCCAAAGAUGACCCCAAGAAAAUCGUUGUAGUCUUGAAAAAGAUCUUGCAGACAAAUAUUCCUCCCAAGCAAACCAUCAAUAUUUUCCACUGCCUAAACGAAUUAGAUGACACCUCUGCCCUCGAGGACACAAAAGCUGCCUUCAAGUCUGGAACCUUUACAUCGGGCACUCUCUCACCAGCGCAAUGCUCAGCGUUAGCUUUUGCUUUGGAAAUGUCAGAAGAUACCUACCAAGAAUUGGAUCUCUCACUGUACAGACUACCAUCUAUUGGUAUACAGAGACUUCUUCUCAUUGCAAACUACUUUACUGGGAUAAACUUAUCUGGAGCCAAUAUUCGAGAUACUGGGCUGAAAAUACUCUCUGAAGUGAUGAAAAGGCCGGAUUGCAAACUACAAAAUCUGAAGUUAGAUGGAAACAAUCUUACUUAUAAAAGUUGUGAACAAAUGGUUGACGUUCUAAGUGUUAACCACUUCAUAAUAUUCCUGGAUUUGAGUGAUAAUAAUAUACAAGACAAGGGAGUUAGCUUUUUACAUAAAGCUCUAUCAAAAGACGCCUGCGCGCUGCAAAUUCUGAGAAUCGGGGGUAAUAAAUUAACUUCCAGCUGCUCUAAUGAUUUGACCUCCAUGAUUACAGAAAACAAGACUCUGGUAGAACUGGACUUGAGUAAUAAUAGGAUAGGUGAGGAAGGACUGAAUCAACUCUGUGAGACACUGAAGAAUGAGGAUUGUAAAUUACAAAAGCUUGGGUUAAAUUCUAUAUUUGCGUUUGAGUUUGGAAUAAUGGGCACUUAUGAGGAUGACCCAGGAGCUGAAAAUCUGCGCGAUUUAUUGCAAGACAAAAAUUGCACAUUACAAAGUCUUGGUUUGGCAAAGAAUUCAUUCACAGUACAAAGCUGCACAGAACUCAUCUCAUCUCUGAAAGAAAACCAAAGCCUGAAAGAACUGGAUCUUAGCUUCAACAACUUAGAAAUUAAUGGAAUUAAUUCACUGUGUGAGGUUCUGAGUGGAACAAGCUGCCAAAUUCAUUCACUAAAGGUGAUGAACACCAAAUUAACAAAUGUUUGUUGUGAGACACUUUACUCUGUGUUCAAAGCUAACCAGACAUUGACGGAGCUGGACCUGAGCAUGAAUGAACUGGGAGAUGAUGGACUUAAUAAGCUUUUCACCAAUUGUAGUGCUUCAAACUGUAAAUUACAGAAGCUGGGGCUAUCAAAAAUUGGACUCACAGAUGCCUCUUCUCAUCACUUCAAAUCAACAUUAGCAACACUCCAGGCACUGGUGCACCUUGAUUUAAGUCACAAUAAAUUUACAGACAAAUCUAUUAAAUGCUUUCAAGACUUCAUUUUGGAUUGUAAAUCUCUUAAGACAAUAAGGUUGGAGAAGAAUCGUCUUUCCAAAGACGGUUACAAAAAACUAGAAGCACUGGAAAAAAAAGCUAAUGAUCUUCAUGUAAUAGUGUCCAAAAUGGAAAAAAAAUCAAUAAUGUGGUGAAAAUGUUCUCUGCUCAAUUUUGAUGAUCUAUAUUGUCAUGGAAAUUAAUGGAAAAACAAACAGUAAAUUUGAAACCUGAUUAAUAUUUGCAAUUGUUUGAGGGUGAAAAAUCAAUUUGUUUUCAUGAUAGAUUUGCUCAGCAAAUUUAUCAACAUGGAUUUCUCACAAUGGAUAACUCGUCUGGAAAUCAUGGGAAAUCAAAGUUUCAUUUCUGAAUAGCUAAGUGUAGAUAAAGUGCCUGAUUUGACUUAAUUGAUGUACAGUGUGUUUGUUUUGGGGGCUAGUCCCCUUCCGUUUUCUCUUCAGCAUAUAAAAGGCAUGCUCAAUUGGGUGCAGAUCAGGUGAUUGACGACCACUCAAGAAUUGACCAUUUUUUAGCUUUGAAAAACUCCUUUGAAAAAAGUGGCCACCAGACAUUUUCCAAGCCGCUGAGGAGUGUUUUACCCGACGCCGGAGUUCCAGCUUUCCGGCAAAGAGGGCCUGAAAACAUCGGACUGGCUGCGGAGGCCACAAAUAGGCCCCGACCUCGGGUGUUUCACAGAGGAAGAGGACUUAACUUUUUGUUGCUUUUCCCCACAGUGGAAAAUUUUGAUUCUGUUGUGAGGGGACGUACUUGUUGAAUUCUAUAAUGUGUUGUGUCAUUUUUCUGAUUUUUAAUUUUUCUAUGGAUGUACGGAAACUUUAUUAUUUCUUUUAUUAUUUCUUUUAUGUAAAGCACUUUGGUUUCAACGCAAGUUGAUUUAAACGUGCUAUAUAAAUAAAAUUGACUUACUUACUUACUUACUUUGUUGCUUUUGCAGUAUGUUUGCAACAGAAUGAACCACCGGCCAAUGAGUUUUGGGGCAUAUGUUUGAACCUCAGCAGAUAGGAUGAGUCUAUACACUUCAGAAUUCAUUAUGCCUCUACCAUCAGCAGUUGUAUCAUCAAUGAACCUUCAGCAGCGGUACAUGCCCAAGCCAUAACACCCCCACCAUCGUGUUUCACAGAUGAGAUGGUGUAGAGGGUCCAAACGUUGUGUACAACCAUUGGUUUUAUUCGGCAUUACAGGUUAGGUAUAAAUGCGAGUUUGGUACACUCUAACAUAAAAGUCAUAGUUGCUGCUGUUGAGCGAGGUCAUGGGCUCGAGCUGAACUUCUCAUCUGAUAAGCAAUGCAGAGAACAGCACAUACGUCUAGACAGGGUUCUUCCAGAAUAAUCUCUCUCCACAAGGGCCGCACCCCUCAAUCCCGUGACCCCAGUCACAUGGCCCUGCCAGACCUAGUGCCGAGGGUUCGCUCAGUAAGUGGCCUAACCACCAGGUGAUGCAACAGUGGUAAGUUUUGGAUCUUGGGCAGUUCCUUCUCUCCUCCAUACUUUGCUCUUGCCACCGUCCUGAUAUAAGUUAAUCUUCGUCUCAUCUGUCCAUUUUCCAGAACUGUGGUUGCUCUUUUAAGUACUUCUUGUCAAACUGUAACCUGGCCAUCCUAUUUUUGCGGCUAACCAGUGGUUUGCAUCUUGCAGUGUAGCCUCUGUAUUCCUGUUCCUGAAGUCUUCUGCAGACAGUGGUCAUUGACAAGUCCACAUCUGACUCCUGAAGAGUGUUUCUGAUCUGUCGGACAGGUGUUUGGGUGUUUUUCCUUAUUACAGAGAGAAUUCUCUUGUCAUCAGUUGUGGAGGUCUUCCUUGGCCUGCCAGUCCCUUUGCGAUUCGUCAGCUCAUCAAUGCUCUCUUUCUUCUUAACGAUGUUCCAGACAAUUGAUUUUGAUAAGCCUAAGGUUUGGCUGAUGUGUUUUAUUUUUGUUUCUGAGAAACAAAAAUAAAACACAUCAGCCAAAUAGUUUAUUUGACUUUCAUUAUCAACAUGAGAACUUUGGUCCUCGUAUUGAUAAACAGCAAUAAAAGUUUCCAAAGGUAAUGGAAAGACUGGAGGAAAGACUAGGUGCUGAGAGCUCUCUUAUACCUGCAUUAAGGAGACAUUUAAAAUUACCUGAGCAAUUACUAACACCUGUGAAGCCAUAUGACCCAAACAUUAUGUUUCCCUGAAAUGGGGGGACUAUGUAUAAACACGGCUGUAAUUUCUACAUGGUGAAACCAAAAUGUAUACAAAUACCCUUUAAUAAAAUCUGACAACGUGCACUUUCACCACAUGUGAUUUUUUUCUAUUACAAAUCUCAAAUUGUGGAGUACAGAGGCAAGUAAAUAAAUACUGGGUCUUUGUCCCAAACAUUAUGGAGGGCACUGUA